UAUAUGCCACGCUCGUAUUUUAUGUUGGUAUCACGCGUAUCGCAGAUAAUUGUGCGAUAGGUUGAUUUGAAUUUGAAUCGUUAGAAAAGACAGUUACCAUCUGUGUGAAUAAUUUCGUACAAUAAAUACAUAUUUAUAAAGAAAUGUAAAAUAGCGUUAAUCAUGCAAAUAAUUAAUCAUGUGUGAUAAUAUUAAUGAUAUCUUUGAAAUUCUGCAUGAACAUAAUUUGUAUGACAAAAGUUUGGAAGAAGAAUCAGAUGUGUUUGAAACUAACUCUACAGAAGAUGUGAGGAAAGAUAUUGAAAAAUUACUUAGAAAUAUAGAAUGUAAUAUAGGAAGCGUUGAAUAUGCAAAUUUACAUAAAAUGUUAGCUGUUUGUUACUUAAAGUCAGACAAUGAACUCAAGGCCAUAUGUCACCUAAUUGAGUCGCAUGCAGUGAUACUUCGGCAACAAAUAUUGCAUAGAUAUAUUAAAACAGAGAUGCGCAAGUCCGUUUUAAAUACACCACAGAUGUAUGGACUAAAAGCAUCUUACGUUGAAUUUAACAUAAAUAAUACAGAUGCCAUUGAAACUUUUGGGACAAUGCUCCAUGAUCUUCCUGAGGAAUGGUAUAUGAUUCAAAUUACUGGCCAGUACAAAUCUCCAAGCAUCUUUGAAUGUAACAAAAUAUCAAAUACAAUGCACGAGAUACAUCUUACCAUAUUACCAACAGGGACUAAAGAAAUAGAACCCAUAUGUAUAACAUUACCAAAACCUAAAUUAGAUUCUUCGUAUGAUAUCUGUUAUGAAAUUCAAAGAUUACUUUCCAAUAAUAGGUCAGAACUUGAAGCUACUUAUCCAAAUAAUGAAUUAUAUUGGAAAAUGAGAGAAAGGCAGAACAAAAACAUGAAGACUGCUAUACAAACAUUAGAAUAUGCAUGGUUACGAGAAUGGAGAGUUUUAUUUAUGGCAGAUCCAAUAAACAAACAUGAUGUAGUGAUGGAUAUUUUACAAAUGAUAGAUAAACUAAUAUCUGGCAGUAGAUCGUCCAAAAACGUAUCAAAAAGGUCUAUAUGGCUGCUAAAAAAAAUUGCGCUAGCAGCGUGUUUUCUAUCGAGAGAAGAAAUAGCUCGUGCAGUGAAAUAUGUGCUUCCUAAUAAUGACAGACUUGCAAGCAAUAUUAUAUUAUCUAUUUAUGGAAAAUUACCUUGUAUAGAAGAAUUGAAGGAUGCAGUUAGGAAAACAUUAGUUUUGAUCGUUGACGAACAUAUGGAUUAUAUACCUUUUGAAUCUAUGGAAAUAUUAAAAUGUCAUCCCGCUACUCGCUUUCCGUCACUGCACAUUGCAUAUGCUUUAUUUAAAGAACAUGAAAGUACAAUGGAAAAUGGUUGCAAAAUAAUUAAAGCCAAAAGUGAUAUGGGUACGUGUAUAGUUAAUCCAUCAGGUAAUUUAACUAAAAUGGAAAAACGUAUGAGAUUGUUCAUUGAUUAUUGGCUACCACAUUGGAAAAGCUCGUACAAUGUAGAACCUCAAGAAGAUGUUUUUGAAGAUGCAUUGAUUAAUCAUGACAUAUUAAUGUAUAAUGGUCACGGUAAUGGAAUACAAUAUUUAUCAGGAGAGCAAAUUGAAAGGCUUAGAGUAAAAUCAAUUGUUCUAUUAUUCGGCUGUAGUAGCGUAAAAUUACUUACAGUAGGAGGACGUUAUCCUCCAUAUGGCAUUUCGAAUCAAUACUUGAUAGCUAGCAGUCCAUGCGUGCUUGGUAUGUUGUGGGAAGUUACUGAUGCAGAUAUCGAUAAGAUGACUACAAAUUUUAUUAGUAACUGGAUUCCAUCACCGUUGAAUAGACCAUGGGCCGAUGUAGAUAUCAAUAUGUGGUGUGCGGGUACUUUAAAAUUUUUAAAAAAUACGCAAAAAAGCACUCAGAACGUGCCUGUAGAACCUGAGAUGUUGAGGGCAGUAGCAAAAUCCAAAGAUGUCUGUUCUCAAUACAUGACUGCAGCUGCUAUAGUAGUACGAGGACUACCAAUAAAGCUUAUUUAAAUAAAACUUUUUUGUUUGUAGGAAGUUUCCCAAUUUGAUCGUCGAUUAUGUUCAACGAGUACAUUAAGAAAUAUUGUCUUUAGUCACAUAAUUAUU